AGGGUCAAGGGUUUGCGUUCUCGCCUUAUAUCUCCUUAUCCACAACCACCACACCCACACCACAUCACCACCAACCCCACCACCCCCCCAUCCCCCCACCUUUACCAUUAUGUCUGAGACCCGUGAAGACUCUGUCUACCUCGCCAAGCUCGCUGAGCAGGCUGAGCGUUAUGAGGAGAUGGUCGAGAACAUGAAGCGCGUCGCCUCGUCCGACCAGGAGCUCACCGUGGAAGAGCGCAACCUCCUUUCUGUCGCAUACAAGAACGUCAUCGGUGCUCGCCGGGCGUCCUGGAGAAUAGUCUCCUCGAUUGAGCAGAAGGAGGAGUCCAAGGGCAACGAGGCCCAGGUCACCAUGAUCAAGGGGUACCGGGAGAAGAUCGAGGCCGAGCUUGCCAAAAUCUGCGAGGAUAUCCUCGACGUGCUUGACAAGCACCUCAUCCCCUCGGCCGCCUCUGGCGAGUCGAAGGUGUUCUACCACAAGAUGAUGGGUGACUACCACCGCUACCUCGCCGAGUUCGCCACUGGCGACAAGCGCAAGGACAGCGCUGACAAGUCAUUGGAGGCCUACAAGGCCGCAUCCGAUGUCGCUGUCACCGAGCUGCCACCUACGCACCCCAUCCGUCUCGGUCUUGCGCUCAACUUCUCCGUAUUCUAUUACGAGAUCCUGAACUCGCCUGACCGCGCUUGCCACCUGGCAAAGCAAGCCUUCGAUGAUGCCAUUGCCGAGCUCGACACGUUAUCAGAAGAGAGCUACAAAGACUCGACCCUGAUCAUGCAGCUCCUGCGUGACAACUUGACCCUCUGGACUUCUGACAUGCAGGACUCUGAUAAGCCCGCUGACAAGGAGGAGGCUGCCGAGGCCCCCGCCGAGGAGUAAUCGGUCGUUCUUGCUGCAGUUUUUUCUUGAUGUCCCUCAUGCUCCACUCCCCGCCGUCACUACAUUCAUCCUGAAUCAAAUCAAACCGUACUUCUUAUUAGCGCUACAUAUUUGAGAAUCCGUUCGCCGGACUGUAGAUGCAUGCAAUAAUCACCACUUGCUCUCUGACUUAGUCCUUAUGGAGUAAAGCUUCUGUCGUCAAAU